UGUUUGAAGAGAGGAAUCGUUCAGUCACAGGACAUAUAAUAUCAAUUGACUCAAGCCAGAAGGAAGCCAUGAAACUUCAGCAAGGUUCGAGAGCCACACUGGCUUUCACGUUAAACUGCUUAGCCUUCGCCUUGGCUGUUUCUGCUGUAACAACCAGCUUCUGGUGUUCCGGGACCAGGAAGGUAGUGAAGCCCUUGUGCACAGGCCAAGCAAAAAUCAAGCAGGACUACUGCAUCCACUUCAAUAGCUCUGAUGUGAACAACACACGUCUGGUGCAGUAUAUUUACGAGACUGGAGAGGAAAAGUUCAUACUGAAAAAAUUCCACACAGGUAUUUGGUUCACUUGUGAGCAGGCUGUUGAUCUAGUGGGAUUCACCUGUAGAGCAUUUUUAGAGAUUGCACCUGAUCAUGAAAGAGGGGUGUUAUGGCUCUGCAUUAUUGGUGAGUGUUUGUACGUCACUUUGCUGUUUAUUGGAGUCUCACUUAUGGCGAUGGAUAUGAGUCACUGCUGUAACAGGAUGAACCGACUCAAGCUGAACGCUUUUGCAGCUCUGUUCACUGCACUUUCAGGUCUGUUUGGCAUGGUAGCACAUAUGAUGUUCACUACAGCCUUUCAGCUUGCUGUCAUUUUGGGUCCAGAAGACUGGAAACCCAAAACCUGGGACUACAGCUGGUCUUAUCUUUUGGCCUGGGUUUCCUUCGCUACCUGCAUGGCCUCAGCUGUCACUACUCUCAACCACUACACCAAAACCAUGAUCCAAUUCAAGUUCAAGCGGAAGAACAUUGAAAACAGCUUGGAGCUCCUGGGACUGCAUAUGCCUGUAGGAUUAUGGGAUACAUAUCUGAGCUCAGGCCUUGAUCCUACUGACCAGUACAUGUCCAUUGAAGUGAAUGGCUCCAGUUUACUUUAUUCUUUAUCCCAAGACACUGCCACACUGCACUCACUGUGUGAAGAAUACUACAAAGGCCAAGUGUACAGUCACUGAAGUUCUACUUUUUCCCCUGGUGGAAAGUAACAAGUAACAGUACUUGAGGAGACGUUUCACUGUAUAUAAUAUUUCAGGGUAUGUUCGCUGACUGUGUAUUUUUAAAAUAAAAUAUUUAACUGAUGAUGAAU